AUGGGCGGCGGUUACUCACAAAGCACCUGCAAGACUGCAUUUGCCUCGCAAUGUAAUGAAUGCACUUUGCCUUUGGGUUUCACCGGUGUAAGUGGUAUUAACGACAAUCGCAGAAGUCAAAACAAGGAGACAGUAGUAGUGAAGAGUGUUGACCACUUUCAAAUAUACAACGAACGGGACAUUUUACACCGCUUCCAAAACAAAACAAAUUUACUUCGUCCACUAGUUGACGAGAUCGAAGAUUCCUCGGUACCUCAUUCUAUCGUAUUGAGAUAUCUAGAUGAUGAUAUCUUGCAUGCCUCGAAUAACCAACGUCUCACACAUUUAGAGGUGAAAUUCGUUGCUAGAAAGGUGCUUGAAGGGCUUUCGGUUUUGCACGAGGAAGGCUUUGUUCAUACUGAUAUCAAGCCUAGUAACGUGUUGGUAAAUUAUGGAAAGGAUGCUAGAUUUAAAGACGUCCAACUGGCUGAUUUCGGGAGUACUGUCCAUGUGGACUCUACUUAUGCUCAACGCGGGGAUCCUAUCGGAACCCCAAUAUUUAGAAGCCCCGAAGCACAUCUUCAAAUGAAAUGGGGUACUUCCACCAACAUUUGGUCGUUUGGCGCCUUGACUACAACGCAGCUUAUCAGUCUGCUGUAUGGGGAAGGGUUUCACAUAUUUAGACCCGAUGUCCCAGUAGACCACGAUGAAUACGACGUUAAGAUUCUCAUGAAGCAUCAUCGGUGCUUCGGCCCAUUCCCAGCAUCAUACGAAGAGAUUGCAGACCAGGAAAGGCUUGCAGUCCUUGCGUGGAUAAUGCACAACAGCCCUAGUGAGACGUUGAAACCCUUUCAUCUUACAACAACUAGAGAGAUUUGCCAGGAAGAUAAGGAGCUUGUGCUAAGGGCGAUGAAGCUCGAUCCUAGAGAUAGGCCGACUGCUCGUCAGCUCUUGGAAGAUAAAUGGUUUCACCAACCUUGA